AUGAGCGAGGAAGAUAGUGAACCCUCUUUGGAUACCUCGUUGAACCGGCGUUGCAACUUUGUAUUACCUAGUAACGAAUGCGACGAGGAUGAGGAUGCGGAAGCGCUCAACAGCAGCACCUCCACGGCAGGGCCACCCGGGUCCCGUCGCACGGGUCGCUGUCAAUGCCCCUCAUGGGGGGCCGCAUCCAGUAGCGCAUCCAGCAUCUCACCCAACAGUUCAGCACAACAAGGAUACGAUCGGACUGGCACAUUCAAACACACCGGCAACUACCGUCCCAUGAUAUCCAAAAAUAGUUGCUCACGCAGACGACGCAGCUUGAGUAAUACCAGUACAGUAGCCAGCCUUGUUGGUAGUUACCAUGAAUGGGGCCGAUCAUUCUGUGUUUACAAUCCAUGGCGGGCAUCUUCAGCUUCGCGAGCAUCAUUUCAAUAUGGUCAGCAACUUGUGUUUAGUGGGAAACAUCCUAUUUCAGGUACUGGAGUGUCUUCGCCGUCGAACGUAUCCCCAACCGUAGUAGCAGUAGGAACACCAAAGUGUGAAAAUCACCGCCGUCCUGUCUCUUUUGGUCUAUCCCUGACCCAUGCUGCUGGAGUUAAUGGAGAAACAAAUGCUGGCCGAAGCACGAGCGCACUCUUUGUUGCAGGACAAGUGUUAUCUUCACCUGCCUCAGCUAGUCCAAUUUUGGGAGGGCGUCGAAGUGGGUGCCAGUCUCGGAUUUUGGGGGUAUCAUCAAGUCCAAAAAUGGUGGCUUAUUACGCGAUGGGUGGUGCGACACGGCAGCUCAGUAAAGGAGUUGCACCUAUUGUUUCUUCCGUAAAGAGGGAAUUGGCAAUGCUCCUGCGCUCAUUUGCUGCGUUCCUGAGUCUCGUUGGAACACCUAUCAUUAAUGGUGCUGUUGAGCACCCAAUGGAUAUACGUAAAGGACCACUGAUUGGGGUGGGAGGCUUUGCCAAGGUAUAUGCAGGCAUAGAUCGCGUGAGUGGGAGGCUUGUUGCGAUGAAGGAGAUUAAUAUUGCAGAAAUUACGGAUCAUGAGGCACUAAAUGCGAUUUGUAAAGAAUUUGGUAUACUCAAAUCCCUUCGACAUCCCAAUAUAGUGUCAUAUCAACUUUUUGAACACAGCGCGUCGCAGAAGGUGUGCCGUAUUGUUAUGGAGUUGCUUACUGGUGGGUCGACGUUGGCGUUGCUGGAAAGGUACGGACCACUACGAGAAGCUUUUCUUCACAAGUUUGCUCGUCACCUUUUAGAGGCCAUUGCGUUUAUACACAAAGAGGGCAUCUCGCAUCGAGAUAUUAAGCCGGCGAAUAUUCUGGUAAGCGGCUCUGGAGUUGUGAAGCUAUGCGAUUUUGGUUGCAGUAGGCGGGUGAAUGAACUAAAUAAAUCGACAAACUGCGUUAUUGGCACACCGCUGUACAUGGCCCCGGAAUUUAUCAAGGGUGAAUCCACCCAUAAGUCUGAUAUUUGGUCCAUGGCAUGCUCACUAUUUGAAUUAGGGACUGGUCUUUUGCCGUGGCAUCAUGCGAAAAUUCGUGACAACCUGCCACUGAUGUUUUAUAUCACCACUUCCAGUGAAACACCGCUUACUAAUCUUGCGCAGUACGAUGUGCAGGAGUUUAGUGCUGAAUUUAAGGACUUCAUGAAGCAGUGCUUCACACGCGAUGUGCAACGCAGACCCGAGGCAGUGGAAUUGCUCGAGCAUCCGUGGAUAAAAGGGGAUCGUUCAACUUUACCGCAUCACUCCCUUUCUGCCUCGUCCUUUGGUGACCCCAGCACACCGACGCGGUCUUCGCGAACAAGCCGAGCUGAGGAGGAGUUGUUGUGUCAGCGUGAGCUUGAAGAAGUUUCAGCUAAUAUUUCAAUUGAUAUGUGCACUGCGUGUAUGUUGCGAACGGGUGGAGUAGUGCCUGGGUUUCGUUUGCCUUCUCACCUACAGCAGCCGCAAUUACAGACAGAGAUGCGGUCAAGAAGCGAUGAUGUAUCACAGCAGCCAAAUCCAUUAGAACAACUUCAUUUGGAUUCUCAGAGAAGACCAUCAACUAGUCAAGGUCAUAGUCCACCGGUAAGCUUGUCUGGUGGUGUUGGUGGUGGUGGUGGUGGUGGUGGUGGUAGGGUCUGGGCUUCAUUGAGUUCUACUGGCGCAUUAGACGCAACGCUAAAUGAGCAAUUCAACUACUCCAUUCCAUUAGGGGCGUCAGAGGGACGUUUUGUCCUACCAUCUUGCGGUGCCUCCAUGUCUUCGGUAGCCGCACAGUAUCUUUGUAUUAAUGAUGACGGCAACGUCGAAUAUGUCACCAUAGAUGAGGAAAUGGUAGAGGUAGACACCGAUGUGGAUGAUGCUUUAGCAUAUUCAUACGGACAGUUCUUAAUGGGAUCUCCUAGUCUUACUUUUGGCUUGGGAGGCGGCUCUCCCACGGGUACUUCUGCGGCGGUUUACACUGUCGAAGGGCAUUCCCCUCAUUGCAGCACUAGCAAUCUCAACACCCACAAUAGCUAUGUCGCUUUUUCACCUGCACGGAGCUCUGCUGGUCGCAAUGCCCGUUAUGGGCCGGCGCUGCACAACCCGAGUAUGUCGUUGGUCUCCAAUUCGUCCUUUACCUCUCGUGGAGUUUCACCAUCACGUCGUUCGCAAACCGCGUCGACAGCAUCACUGGCGGCCUCUCAGCAGCUUCCGGGUCUCCUUCCCACGACGGCUGGUUCACUGUUGCUUCAUGCUGGGGCUUCUAUGAACCACAGCAGUGAUGAUGUCUAUGCAGAGGUUCAGGAUGGUGCACCAGCUAGCUCAAAUGUGUCUCGGUUCCCAGAAGGUGUUCGUGAAGCAGGAGGUCGCCUACAUAUGUCACUUUCUGUUCCAAAUGGAAUUGCGGAUCGACGUACCAACAUUGAGCUUAGCAUCGACCCUGAGGAUUUGCAUCGCGUAUGCAUUGAGCGUCGGCCAAGUUACGUAGUGGCGCUCAGUGAGGACCUGAAGUCCCAGCUUGUAGCCCAGAUGAGCGAAAUAGCAUCACGCAGUGCAGCUAGCCCAAUGGACGGCCAAGGCGCUGGGGGCGGUAGUAGUUCAAAUCGUCGUCUUUCUCGUAGUACACAUGCGCACGGUAGCCAAUCUCUUACCCCUAGGUAG